AUGGGUAUCUGCAUUUCCAUUGCAUCUUCAGAGAUUCAUGGGGUCCCUGAAGAAGUUCACAAUGAGAAUGUGAUAAUAUUUGAAGCAAGCAAGGUCCUAAGUGGGAGUGAGAGACUUUUCUCUGUUUACUCUAAACAGGGUACCAAAGGACUCAACCAAGAUGCUGCCUCUCUUCAUCAGGGUUAUGGGAUGGAAGAUGAAGCAUUUUGUGGCGUUUAUGAUGGGCAUGGAAAGAAUGGACACAUAGUGAGCAAAAUAGUAAACAAUCGUUUGUCUUCACUCAUACUGAGCCAAAAGAAUAUUAUUGAAAAUAUUGAUAAGAUAGAAAAUGGUAACCAUGUUGACAGAAUGAAAGAGGUCUCUGUUGCAAAAAAUUUUAAGAAAUGGAAAGAAGUUAUUGUUAGUGCUUUCAGAGUGAUGGACAAGGAAGUGAAGCUUCAAGGGAAUCUAGAUUGCUCUUGCAGUGGAACCACAGCUGUAGUUGUCAUAAAACAGGGUGAAGGUCUUGUUAUAGCAAAUUUGGGUGACUCGAGAGCUGUGUUGGGAACAAUCUAUGAUGAAAAACUCGUAGCCAUUCAAUUGACCACAGAUUUGAAGCCUGGGUUACCUCGCGAAGCAGAAAGAAUAAGGAGGUGCAAUGGUCGUGUGUAUGCGCUGAAGGAAGAACCACAUGUCGAGCGAGUGUGGUUGCCUAAAAAUAAGAACUCCCCUGGCUUAGCUAUGUCUCGAGCUUUUGGAGAUUUCGUGCUCAAAGAUCACGGUGUCAUUGCCAUUCCAGAUAUUUCAUAUCACCCUCUAACAUCAACUGACCAAUUUAUUGUUCUUGCAACUGAUGGGGUGCGGGAUGUACUAAGUAACAAUGAAGUUGCAUCAAUUGUGUGGAGUGUGGACUCUGAAGAGGCAGCGGCAAGGGCAGUAGUGGAAGCAGCCACUGCUGCAUGGGAAAAUAAAUACCCUUACUGUAAAGUAGAUGAUUGCACCGUGGUUUGCCUCUUCCUGCAGAAGAAGUCACAACUUCGGCCAUAUGAAAAGUGA